AGCGCUGUGAUUGGACGCUGGCUGCUGGUCAGGAAAAAAGAGCCGCUGUGUUGAGGCCGAGAAACUCAGACUGAAGCAGGGACCAGUGGAGAUAGAGGACCGUCUCCGCGGACACCGUGCCCACUUUUGGUGCACACUCUCGGGGCAUUUUAAGGCUUCUUAGCAGCAGCGCAAACUCCGACAGUCUCCGGGGCUACAGCAGCCGAGGCCGCGGCGGUCCCUGAGCCGCCUCCCGAGGACUGCAUGCCCGGUCUCGUCUCCCUGUCUCCUCCAGAGCCGCUGCUGUUAACGACGGCGAGGGGGUGAAGCUGCCGCUAUCGCGUCGAAGCCUCGAAACAUCUCCGCGACUCAAGUGCUUCUCCAGGCCACAGGGAGCACCGCAGCAGCCCGACUGUUACUGUCGGGGUUGUCCGCUGGAGUCGCUGCGGAGACCGGCAUAACAGGAGCCAACUAUAUGGAACAAGUGAUCGGAGCGGAGCUGCGCUUUGUGUCCGCACGAGAGGGGUUGUUUAUGACCGAAGGAGAGCCGCGGUUCUCGCCUUGAAGGGAAAACAUCACCUCGGGAUUUCGUCAGACGGGAUUUAUUGGAGUGGAGCGGCUCCUGGAUCCGGCUCAGCGAAGGCUUUCGGCAUCAGUGCCAUGAAUCACCCCGGACAACAGCUGCUGCCUACAUAGAGGUCACUCUGCCUCUCUUUUUGGUUCUCUUUGGUCCAGAGGAUGCUGGUAAUGUGUCGCGGGCGCAGGAAAUUCCUUUUGGCCUCCCUCGCCCUGGUCUUCAUCCCGACGCUCACAUGGCUCUACCUGUCGGUCGGAGGCUUUCAAGUCAAGCCCCUCCCACUGUCUCCGCUCGAGGUCCAGGCGCCAACGGUGUCGGGCGGAGGCGGCGAGCGGCAGGCCUUAGAGCUGCGCGUCCGUGCGGUGGAGGAGGAGAACAGGGCUCUACGCCGGGAGCUGAGCCAGGCGCCCAGGAGCCAACCGGCGCACGCCCCCUACGCCGGCCACCGCGGCAACCAGAGUCGAGCUCACUCCGAGGAGGGCACCGGUGACAACGAGGUCCAGAGAGCGGCCGCGGUCGGGAACAACUCGGACUGCGUUCAGCAGCCGGUGGUGGAUAAAUGUGAGACCAUCCACGUGGCCAUCGUGUGCGCAGGUUACAACGCCAGCCGUGACGUGGUGACCCUGGUGAAGUCCGUCCUCUUCCACAGGUACGGUCUUUCUUCUUGUCUCUGGGAACCUUCGCAGCACACGUUUCCCCCUCAGUAAUAUCUUUGAACCGAUGGUCCAGAGAGGAGCGGGAGGUCUGGUCCUGUCCCGGCGCCACGAGGCCAGGCAAAGUAAUCUGUUAUUAACCCCCCCCACC